UUUACCAUGGCUCAGCAACCGCUUCUGUCGCUGCCCGAGUUCCAGAGCGUCUCCACAGGCACUUUGGUGGUGAAGGAACCACUAAAUUUCUGGGCAGGAGCAAGAGUGAAGCCAAGUAACACGAAAAACUCCGAGCCAGUAUACGAGCCUGCAACUGGUCGUGUGCUGUGUGAUAUGAUUCCCUGUGGAGAGGAGGAGGUAGAUCAGGCUAUUAAAAGUGCUCAUUCUGCAUACCUAAAAUGGAGUCAAUUAUCAGGAAUGGAGAGGUCCCGAAUCAUGCUGGAGGCUGCCAGAAUUAUCAGGGAGCGCAGGGAUGCAAUCGCAAAAACCGAUGUGGCCAACAAUGGCACGUCCAUUACGGAGGCUAAGGUGGAUAUCGACCUUGCUUGGAAGUGUAUUGAGUACUAUGCUGGCAUUGCCCCCACACUGUCAGGUAGUAGUAGACACUCGCAUAUACAGCUUCCAGGAGGAUCUUUUGCCUACACCAGAAGAGAGCCUUUGGGAGUGUGCGUUGGCAUUGGUGCUUGGAAUUACCCAUUCCAGAUUGCUGCUUGGAAAUCAGCUCCAGCUAUAGCCUGUGGUAAUGCCAUGGUGUUUAAACCGUCUCCCAUGACCCCGGUGACUGCUGUCAUGUUGGCAGAGAUCUACAAAGAGGCAGGUGUCCCAGAUGGACUUUUUAAUGUGGUACAAGGGGGACCCGAAACAGGAAGCCUGCUGUGUCACCAUCCCAUGGUGGCUAAAGUGUCCCUCACUGGUGGUGUUCCUACUGGAAAGAAGGUUUUGGAAAUGGCAGCUAAAGGUGUAAAGCAGGUGACUCUGGAGCUUGGAGGAAAGUCACCGCUGAUCAUCUUUAACGACUGUGAGCUGGAGAACGCCAUCAAAGGAGCCCUCAUGGCCAACUUCCUCACCAAGGGAGAGGUGUGCUGCAAUGGAACAAGGGUGUUUGUGCAGAGGGAGAUCAUGCCAAAGUUUUUGGAGGAAGUUGUGAAGAGGACCAAGGCCAUCUCUGUGGGAGAUCCUCUGUGUGAAGGAACACGCAUGGGUGCUCUGAUCAGCAAACCACACAUGGAAAAAGUGCUGGGCUUCAUCAAGCAAGCUAAAGAGCAGGGUGCAAAGGUUUUAUGUGGAGGAGAACAAUUUGUCCCCAAUGAUCCCAAACUGAAAGACGGAUACUUUGUGUCUCCAUGUGUGCUGGAUAACUGCAGAGAUGAUAUGACCUGUGUGAAGGAGGAGAUCUUUGGCCCUGUGAUGUCUGUUCUGCCCUUUGACACUGAAGAGGAAGUUCUUCAGAGAGCCAACAACACAACCUUUGGCUUGGCAUCUGGAGUCUUCACCAGGGAUAUUGCACGUGCCCACAGAGUCAUUGCAAACCUUCAAGCAGGAAUGUGCUACAUCAACAAUUACAAUGUUUGUCCUGUGGAAGUUCCUUUUGGGGGCUACAAGAUGUCAGGUUUUGGAAAGGAGAAUGGCGCACUGACCAUUGAGUAUUACUCUCAGCUCAAGACUGUUGUGGUGGAAAUGGGAGAUGUGGAAAGCCUGUUUUAAGCUGUUGUCACAAAAGUACCCCUCAACAUGUGAGAGCACUAGAAGAGAGUUAACUGCUAACUGUUUAGCAAGUUUUAAAAAAUAGUGUGAAUUUUUGAAGUACUAAUAGUUUUUGUCAAAAGUAAGUGUAUCUGGAUAUGUUUCUAUUUUAGAAGCACAAAUGUAUUACAUUCCAGGACUUGAUUUUUCACCACUGCACCAUGAUGAAUUUGUAUUAUACUGGUGAUUUACAAGUUUCAGAUUUAAAUAAUAGAGGCUUUCAGGAUUAAUAACUGACAUUUUUCUCCUUUUUAAACUGGAUUGAUGUAACAUGUCUCUGGUUUUACAGGUUCCUGUUGUUUGUCAUUAGAAAAUGAUAGGAACUGGUGUGAAAACAGGAAUACAUUAGAUGCUUUGGAUUGUUUCUCAGCUAAAUAUUUAAACUAGUUGAAAUAAAAAUUCUACUACAUUGCUGUUACAUAUUUGCAUAUGUAGGCUCUUGAUAUUGGAUGUGUAAAUUUGACAAUUCACACUGGUCUAUAUAUUGAUGCCAUUUUAUAGAAUUUAUUUUUUGUUUAUUUCUGACACUGAGAAAGUGGGUUUGAAGUAAGAGAAAUAAAAAUAAAUGGUAAAAUUAUAUUAAUUAAAAUAAACCUUAAAGAAAACAUUCCUUCCUAUCAUAAAUGUAAAUGUAAAAAUAAAGAAACUGAAAUAAUUAUAGUGAUCAUGUAGCUCAGAAGCAUUCCAAUUUCUAUGAAUCAUCCUCGACCUCAAGGUCAAUUUACUGAACAUGAUUUGGGAAAUCUAUAUAGCAUUUAUCUAGGACGAAUUGUGUGUACAGAGAGAUACAUGUAUGAAGACCCCUUACAAUAAAUCCUGCUGAAAUGCUUAAGAAAAACUCCAGGAUCCCACACACCACAUGUCUACACAUUCUUACAGGACAGGAUCCCAUUGCAUUUUGUGAUCAUUUUCCUGCAGGAUUCCUACAUGUUCCCUGUAGGAUCUCUAUGAUGUUUCCUGAUUUGGGACUUUUACACAAUUUGCUUUGGAUUAAUUUAUUCUUAACUGUGCACACUGCGAUAUUGUAAAACUAUUUUAAAUUAGACCACACUGAAGUUUUUUGUUAAUUUUUUUUUUCUUCUUUAUUUUUUCCCUAAAAUACAUGUUCUACUCAUUGCUGUGUAAUUCUGAAAAAUUCAAUAAUAAAAAAAAAAAAACAGGUUGGUUAUUCAGCCAUACCGCAUCACAAUAUGUUAGA